AGAGGAAUACACCGGGUCUCUUGAGCUUUUAUCUGUUGCGUGUUUGUAAUUCUAAGGGUGUGUCACCAUGCAGAUCUUUGUGAAGACCCUCACGGGCAAGACCAUUACUCUCGAGGUUGAAUCAUCAGAUACUAUCGAUAAUGUGAAGACGAAAAUCCAGGACAAGGAGGGCAUUCCUCCCGACCAGCAGAGGCUCAUUUUCGCCGGAAAGCAGCUCGAGGAUGGCCGCACCCUUGCUGACUACAAUAUCCAGAAGGAGUCCACUUUGCAUUUGGUGCUCCGCCUUCGAGGAGGUAUUAUUGAGCCUUCGUUGAUGGCUCUGGCUCGCAAGUACAAUCAGGAGAAGAUGAUAUGUCGGAAGUGCUAUGCCCGCCUACACCCCCGAGCCGUCAAUUGCAGAAAGAAGAAGUGUGGACAUAGCAACCAGCUCCGCCCUAAGAAGAAGAUCAAGUAGAGUGGCGGCCUUCUGUAUUGGUGCAGUGUGUGCAAUGCAAGCUCAGGAAAUGUGAUAGAUCUUCACUGGUCUUUGAGCAGGUUUAAGCUACACGGAGACCAAUAUAGCUUGUUUACUGCCUUUGUAAUGCGUCACACUGCCCCACAUGAACACCGACUCUCUUUAAAUCUUUGUACUAUCUAUUCACUCUGGAUUUCUCUUCUAUGGUUAUUUAUAUAUUUUUAUAAAUAACUUCCUUGAUUGCCUCAACA